AAAUGAUUGUUUUGACUUGUCAGUCAGACAAAUACGAUAACAACAAAAAAAGAAAAGAAUGAAAAACAGCAGACAAUAGCGUAUGAUGUGAAAUUCCGACCAUUCACAGUUCAACAUUUGAAGCAACUCCCACGCGCAUCUCCAUUAUAUCAGUCGGGUUACCCUUUUUCAACCAAACACGGAAACACACAGUUGAUAAGGACCAGAACCACUUCGUAGAUGAUCAACAAAUUUUCUUCCAAUCCGAAAUUCGAUUUCUUCGGUCUUGAUCGAUGCCUCUUCCAUGGAAGAAGACAAGGGCUGCCCGAAUCUCGCGAUUCGUGGCCGAUCUUCAGUCCCCGAAACACGGUAACUCUCUUGUCGUUGAGACCGGCUUCCCUACUUCCAUCGUCGACCUCUUCGUCAAGAACCGUGAUCGUCUCAAGAAGAAAAAGAAGCGGGCGCCGGCGUCCGAAGUCUCCGCCUUUGAUACCCUGAUCAUCCCUCCAUCACCGCCGCCGCGAAAGCCGGCCGUCUUUGAGACUCAUUGUGCGAUCGAGGGCGAGAGUUUGAGAGCGGAACGGAAGGAGAAUCCAGAGGAAUCGCUGCUUGAACGUGAAGAGAUUCAGGUUGAGGAGCGCGCAAACGGUUGUGAUCGUAGAUGGCUGUUCGGAACGGGAUUGAAGAUGCUUGUGGUGAUUGUUCUUGCUUUUAGCACCAAAAAGCUUACAGUCGGAAUCACAGCAUCGGCGUUUGUGCUCCUGUUUCUUGAGUAUUUUGGGAAGCAUUUUGUAUGGUUUUUGAAACCUUGUUUUCGAUCCAAGCGAUUUGAGCAAUGCAAAGACUUCAAAACCCCAAUUGCAGAGGAUUCCAAAGCCCCAAUUGUAAAGGAAGAUAGGAAUUCCUCGUCGACAAUAGGAGGAAUCGAGUCUUCGGAAGAAAUUCAAGUUGUGGAACCUAAUUUUGCAGUGGCUGAGGAGAUUAUGAUGAAGGAACCAGAUUUGAACCUUAUUGAUUAUUUGGAUAGUGAGAUGAUUGGGGAGGAAGAUCAGGAUAGAUGUGUUUUAGUGUUAAACAGAGAGGGUAGCCGAAGAGCAAAACUCAAGGCAAAGAUCAAGAAAAUUGUGCCUAAGAAGUUGCGACAUGGAAAGAGAGGGAAGAAGAGAGAUGAGAGGGAGCCAGAAUCGAGCACCGGCGAAGUUUCUAGUUCCUUUGAUGGAGAGAUUCAAGAACCAGAAAUUGGUGACAAACAAGUUUUAGGUGUUCAAGUUGAACCAAAAGUAUCACAAUUAGAAGAAAAGAAAGAAGAAAAGUGUACAAGGACACUUGAUGAUAGAAUUCAUAGUUUGAAUAUACAAUCACAGACCAUUGGAGAGAAGGGUCUGGUUGAGGAAAAGUUGGGGAUUGAAAAGAAAUGGAAUUCAGGGUAUCUAUAUAUCUUUCUAAUUGUUCUUUCGGGACUCAUAGGAGGCCGGGUUGUAGCUGUGUUGCUUACUGUUUCAGGGUGUUUGAUGACAAAAUUGGUCAGGUCCUCUGUUUCUAGCUCGAGCUGGAAUCUUGGAUGGUGGUAGCUCAAAAGGCUUUUCUUCCUUUAAGAGUGAUGAUGUAUAAUUCUUGAUGAAGUUCUCUUCAAGCCUCCAAUUGUGUUGAAAGACUCGUGUACGGUAGCCAAGUCCACAACUUUUUUGUUGGUGGCAUUACAACUGGAGGUGUCUGGAUUCAGAACCUGUAAAUUUACAGAUAAAUAUAACACUUUGUAAAUCUUCAUUGUUUGAUUUGGUAAGUUUAUCAAUGAAUUGCAGUUUAUAGAAAA